GCAUCUGUAUCCCCUUCCGAUUGUUUACAAAGGCGGCCGUCGGACUAGUUUCUCGGAGGCCAGAAGUUGGGCAUUGCAAGACCGUGUCAGGAGAAAAAGGCUUUCUGUUAAAUCUGGGAGCUUUAUCCGCUCUGUAACUUCGGCGAUGCUGCGAGGAGCCUCUGUCGCCAGGAGAUGGAGGCAGGAGCUGGAAGAUUGUCCCACUACUAUGCAAGGGGAACACACACAAUAGCAGAUAAAACAAGCAAGAAAGCAGACUCUUCAGCAGAGAGAGAAAUACCCAUACAGCUCUCAAGGGAGAAUGUUGUUGAUGAUUCAAAAUCUAACCAGGAGGUUAAAGAAGAGAAGGCAUUGCCUCUAUAUGAACACCACAUCCCCACAGACAUCUUCCAGAAGUCUUUGCUGACAGUAGGUGCAGCAGCUGCAGCCCUUUUGGACCCUAGACGCCAUGACAUGGUUGCAGUACUUGGAGAGACUACAGGGCACACCGCUCUGUCCAAGAUUUAUGCAAUGAUGAUUGAGGACGAAGAAGGUCGGCAAAUCCUUAUAGACAAGCCUAGGAUUAAUAGCUCAACACUCAACCUACCCUUCUUACGACAGCUUCCUGAGGGCACUCUAGGUCAUGCAUAUAUAAAAUUCCUAGACGACAACCAAGUUACACCUGAUUCACGCUUGCCUGUCCAGUUUGUCAACGAUCCAGAGUUGGCCUACGUCAUGCAGCGGUACCGUGAGGGCCAUGACCUUUUCCACACAGUUCUAGGCAUGCCCACAAACAUGCUUGGUGAAGUGGCUGUCAAGUGGAUUGAGGGCAUCCAGACUGGCUUACCCAUGUGUGUGGGUGGUGCUAUAUUUGGCCCCCUUCGAUUCAGGCCAAAGCAAAGGCAGAAGUAUAUAGCUGAGUAUCUCCCUUGGGCAGUAAGAGUAGGCAGAUCUUCUAAAUUACUAAUGAAUGUAUAUUUUGAGAAAAGGUGGGAACAGUCUUUAAGUGAAUUGAGAGACGAAUUAGGCAUUGAAUCUCCAUCCUUUCUAUGAGAAAUAAUUUAUAUCUUAGUAAAUUGUUAUAUGUAAAAUGUAUGCAUUUGUUAAUAUUGUAUAUAAUAAAUAUGAUUUAUAUAAA